CAAAAAUCGUUCAGCAAGUCAUCUACGUUGCCUGGCGCCAACUGCGCAUGCGCCAGUGGCACUUUCACUACCUGCCACACAAUCCCGUAUUUCACAUGGGGCAAGCGGGAGUUGUCAUCCACUUGCGUAAACGCUGCUGCUGAGUGGUGGUUGACAGUCUCGGGCGACACGAGGGAAACAAGACAGCGCUUCUUUUCUUCUUCUUCUUCUCCUCUUUGCUGAAGGCGUGUCCCCAGUGGAUGCCACCAUGAAGCAGAAACCAUAAGUUGAGCAUUCAUAAGGACGCUGCCACUUGUACUUUACUGACGAUAUUCAUCGGCGGGAUGAGGAACUGAAGUCUUGGGGAGUUUGUGCCAACAUGUCUAAACCAAUGGAUCACGUCAAACGCCCGAUGAACGCUUUCAUGGUUUGGUCCAGAGCCCAGCGCAGAAAAAUGGCUCAGGAGAACCCGAAAAUGCACAACUCCGAGAUCAGCAAGAGAUUAGGAGCGGAGUGGAAACUUCUCACCGAGUCUGAGAAAAGGCCGUUCAUCGACGAAGCCAAACGACUGCGAGCGAUGCACAUGAAGGAGCACCCAGACUAUAAAUACAGACCGAGGCGGAAGCCCAAGACUCUGAUGAAAAAAGAUAAGUUUUCUUUCCCCGUGCCCUAUAAUCUCGGGGAGCACGACGCGCUCAAAGUGAAUGGGCUUUCCGUUGGAGCACUUUCCGAGUCCCUCCUUGGACACCACGACAAGGCAGCAGCGGCCGCGGCCGCCGCCGCGGCGAGGGUGUUCUUCAACCCGGCCAUGUCGAACCCCUAUUCCUUUUUCGACUUGGGAUCCAAGAUGACUGAGCUUUCCCCACCUUCGUUUCCGUACGCGUCUCCGUUGGGCUACGGUGGCACGGCUUUCACCGGGACUGGCGGUGCCCACACUCACUCACAUCCGUCCCCGGGAAACCCAGGCUACAUGAUCCCUUGUAACUGUGCGGGCUGGCCCUCCGCAGGACUCCAGCCGCCCUUAGCAUACAUCCUGCUCCCCGGGAUGGGAAAACCUCAACUUGAACCGUACCCUGCAUAUGCUGCAGCAUUAUGAUAAGGCCCGCUUUGGACUUCUGAGAAAAUGAAAUGUGAAAACUAAAACAAACAAACAAACAAAAAAAAAAAACGCUAUUCAUGCAAGAGUUUUAUUAUGCAUGCACAAACUUGUACAUGUGAUGAAGUGCUCGUCGUCUCAGAUAUCACAUGUGUAUGUAUAUUGAUUAAUGCCUUUAUCUAAGGUACUGCUUAUUUAGAGAAGUCUCUAAUCUAUUAUUACCCAGCCAUCACCUCUCACGGCCCAGAGGGAAACGGACUAAAGGAUGGCACGAAUGCACACAUUUGAGGGGAAAGGUGUAUCAGAGCAUUUUGUGAAAAACCCAUUUUCAAAGGUACACUCUUCGAUUUCUAUCUUUUGCAAGUUGCACCUGCUUUGACUAACCUGUUGGAAUCGAGGGCAGCAUAUACACCGACCCUUUUAAUCACAGGAUUUCCUCUCAGAUAAGUUGUUGUGGGCUAAUGGGUUGUAAUUCAUGGACCAAGGAGGAUCAUGUCA